ACGAGGAAAACUCCAGCAAAGGUGGCAGCCCUUCAAACUUUGUUUUCGGCCCAGCUAAUACGAACGGAUCGGUGAGACAAACGAGUUCUGGACAAGUGUACAACGUGUUGAUUGAGCAACAAAGAGGGAAAACAAGAGAGUGUGAAGAAGAAAUAAUAAUUUCUUUGAAAGAUAAGAAACAUAAGUCACUUAGAGGAAAAUGUACGAAAUCUGGCUCACCGAAGAUGAUAAAGAACGUCGGAGAUUUCCUAUUAGUGGAAGGUCCUGAAGAAAACGUUUGUGCGUUCUCAACUAAUAAUAACGAAGUAAUAUACCUGCUGGAUGGAAAAUGGAAGAAAGGGGAGUACGGCAACGAUUAUGCUAACGACAAAGAACUGACUUCAACUGAGGUGGAUGAAUUGAAAAGGAGGAUCAAAAAGUGGCUAUCGUUCUUUGAGGAGUCUGACAAAGAGAUCGAGAGGCUAAGAAGUUUGAAGAAUUCCAUCAGAGUCAAAUUCUUUAACGAAAGAAAUAGACUUACACAAUUGCUACAACAGGAAAGAGGAACCAUUAUACAAAGCCGAAACGAAAUAAACCAACAAAAAAAUCAUGAGUGGCAGAGACACAGUUCAGUGAUGAGAAGCAUUUAUAGCCAAAGAGGAUUAGGAAAACUCACCUCAGAUGCAGCAGACCGUCUCAUAACUGAAGAAGACACUAAAUACAACAAAAACAUUGACGAUUUGGACAAAAUGCAAGCCAGAGAAGAAGAAAGAUUGGUUGAAGCAAACAAUUCUUACGAUAAGGAAAUGGAAGAAGAAGAGAGUAAAACGGCUGAAGAAAUACGCAAAUUAAACUUUCUGGAAGGGAAAGAAGUUGAACGAGUUUUCAAACAGAUCAAAAUAAAUAUCAGCCAAGGGUGGCCAUUGCCAGUACAUGCAGAACUACAUCUGGUGGAACAGUACAUGUUCACCAUUAUGAAUAUCCAUACUACCUUCUACCUUUUAUCUUUUUUGCUGAGCUGUUCAUAUCUUCCCAGAAGUGAAGCUGGUAUUAUUAGUUGGUUGAAAAGUUCAAGUGGCUUGAAGAAAAAUGAAGUUCUUGGACCGCCCAACAAAGAAAACUCUAAUGGAGAUAUUGGACUGCCGACGAAACAAGAAAAGCGGAAUGAAGAACUUGGACUGCCCAGCCAAGGGAAUGCUAAUGGAGGCACAGAACCACCCUUGAAGCAAAAUUUAAAUGAAGGUACUGGUUCACCCCCUGAGCAAAACUUGAACCAAGGUGUAGGAGAACUUCCUACCAAACCAUAUCCCAAUGGAGAAAUUGGACAUCCAUUUCCCAAUGCAGGCUUUGGACAUCCUCCCAAUGCAGGCUUUGGACAUCCUCCCAAUGCAGGCAUUGGACAUCCACUUCCCAAUGCACACUUUGGACAUCUUUUUCCUAAUGCAGAUAUUGGACAUCCACUUCCCAAUGCAGACUUUGGACAGCCUUUUCCAGACUUUGGACAGCCUUUUCCAGACUUUGGACAGCCUUUUCCAGACUUUGGACAUGCAGGUGGACCUUUUCCGAAUGCAGGCAUGGACAUCUUCAACGAUCCUCGUUUCCAUGAAGGCUUUGGGCCUCAAUUUCCAAAUGCAGGCAUGGACAAUUUCAACGAUCCUCGUUUCCAUGAAGCAUUUGAUCAACAGAACAUUGGAUAUUCCAAUAUACAGAAUGAAGGAUCGAAUCACAGACUUACAUUCUUUGAAGUAGAAAUGAAACGGUCGAGGGAAAAUAAUGCCAAUUGCAAAGAGGAAGUAUCCAUUACACUUCUGGCUAAAAACCAAAAAAGAUGGUUUGAGUUACAAUGUUUGGAAAAUGGAAAUCAAAGUAACGUAAUGGAAGGACGUGACGGUUCAGUUUUGGUGGGUCAUCUAGAGACGAACUUCUUUGCUUAUUUACCAAGAGGGGAAAAGUUUUACUACAGAAUUAAUGGCAAAUGGAAAGAAGGUAAAUUCGGCCAAGAUAUCGCAAUGGACAAGGAGCUUUCGGAUAGUGAUAUAUCUCAAGUCCAGCAAAAGAUCGAAUCUUCUUUCCCUUCACGUUAAAAAAGGCAAUCAAUGACUUGUUAUAACACAUUUAAGUCUGAAUAAAAAAUUUUUGACACCAUG